AUGCAACUUCAAGAGCUGAACCAACGCUUUAAUGAAGCAAACACGAAUUUACUUCUUUGUAUUGCUUGUUUGUGCCCAAGUGGAUCUUUCAAAGCCUUUGAUUUAGAAAAAAUAAUGAAAAUGGCUUCACUUUAUCCGGAAGAGUUUCCUAUAGAAUAUGAUCGUCGAGUUCUUGAAGUGGAACUUGGAAAUUACAUUAAAGAUAUGCGAGAAGAUGAACGAUUUAAUGAUUUGAAGAGUAUUGGAGACCUUGCCAAAAAGAUGGUUGAAGAAAAGAAGCAUAUAAUAUUUCCUAAGAUUUACCUUCUUAUGAAACUUGCAUUGAUCUUACCCGUAGCAACAACAAGUGUAGAACGCGCAUUUUCAGCAAUGAAGUUAAUAAAGACUGAUAUACGCAACAAAAUGAGUGAUCAAUUUUUGAGUGGUAGUUUAGUGUCUUAUAUUGAAAAAAAUGUAUUAAAAGGUAUUGGCAACGAUGCAAUUGUGACAAUGUUUCAAAAUAUAAGACCUCGUAGGGUUCAAUUGUAA